GAGAGGAGGAAAAAAAAAAUCCGGGAUCAGGGCAAGUUUGAUGGCGCAUGCGCGCUGCAGACUCCAUCCCAAACACACACAUUUCCCUUGACUUGGAAAGUCACCCAAAGCCGCCCCAAGUGCAGGGCAAAGAGACUUCACCAAGUGAAGGGAACUCAUCAGACUCGCACUGCGUCCAUCAAGGACCUCCGGGGAAAAAGCUCCUGAUUCCCAUCCCGGCUGUGUAGGUUGGAAUGGACUUCGAGCCCAGUGACUUGUGGAUGCAAGGAUGAAGUGACUUUACGGCUACAAAAAAGGCGAGAAACCAGGCCUUGAAAUCUCCGAAAGGUAGGAGAGACAUCCAGGCUGCAAUGGCUGAAAGAAGUAUAUGCACUGACGCAACCUCAGGAAAAUCCAAGAUGGCUGCCAAGCGCAAAGGCGGCCUGAAGCUAAAUGCGAUCUGUGCCAAGCUCAGCCGCCAGGUGGUCUUCGAUCAUGGGGGAUCUGAACAGGUGCGGUUGGACAAGGGUCCCCAGCGGGAAAGCGGCAACAAAGAACCGCCCCAGCCUGAGACCAAGGAGCUGGGGGCCAAGGUUUCUGAUGGACUUAACCGUGUUCAGAAGAUAGAGGAGGACAAGCGGAGGGAGGUGAUUGAGAAGUGGGUGAACGGGGAGUACAAUGACGAGACCCUGCUGGGCCGAGCAGAGGGCAAGGAAUGUAAGGCCACCGAGAGCGUGGAGGUGCCCCCCGAAGGGGUUUACAUGGUACAGCCCAAGGGCUGCAGCGAUGAAGAAGAUAAUGGGGACGAGGCAGACGGCAGCUUCCCGGACGACAGGGAUUCGGAUGGGCCUGCCUCCAAGGAUGAAAGUUACCGACCUUCCAGCAGCCAGACGGGCUCCAAGCUGUCUGGAGGAGCUGCCUCAGGGGAAGCUUCAUCCCUGCGCGAUUACGCCGCCACCACCAUGAACGAGUUCCUGGGCAUGUUUGGCUACAACGACCAGAACAUGCGGGAUGAGCUGACCCGCAAGAUCAGCUUCGACAAGCUCAACGCUGCUACCUCAGAGGCCUCCUCUGCCACUGCCUCCCUCCCUGGCGAGGACGCCAUGAGCAAGCGAGCCCGCUUCUCCAAGUACGAGGAGUAUAUCCGCAAGCUCAAGGCCGGUGAGCAGCUCUCCUGGCCCAUCCACCCAGCCAAGUCUGAGGAGCUGAGCUCCAAGCUGGGCAAGGAGGCUUCAUCAGUGCUGACGCAGCCCAUCCGAGCACUGCCGGGGCCUGAUGCCACCCUGCUAACAGAGACCAAAGCCACCAUACUGCCCUUGCCCUCUCCGAGCAGCUCCCAGAUGCAAGGCCUGAUGUCGCGGGCCUCCAAGUACGACUUCUUCAUCCAGAAGCUGAAGACGGGUGAGAGCAUCAGGCCGCAGAACGGCAACACCUACAAGAAGGCCUCCAAGUAUGACCUGGAGAACGUGAAGUACUUGCAUCUCUUUAAGCCCGGCGAGGGCAGCCCAGAUAUGGGAGGGGCCAUUGCCUUUAAGACAGGCAAGGUGGGCCGGCCUUCCAAGUAUGAUGUGAGGAACAUCCAGAAGCUCACUCCAGUCAAGGCUCCAACACCCAGCCUGGCCCCCAACCCUCUCUCCAGUACCCCCAGCAGUGCUCCAGUGGCUGGGCCCGAGCAGCCCGUCUCCUUGCCGUUCAACACCCCUGAGUACCUGAAGUCGACCUUCUCCAAGACGGACUCCAUCACGACCGGGACGGUCUCUACGGUCAAGAACGGAUUACCCACUGACAAACCAGCUGUCACCGAAGAUGUAAAUAUUUACCAGAAAUAUAUUGCCAGGUUCUCUGGGAGUCAGCACUGCGGACACAUACACUGUGCGUACCAGUACCGGGAACAUUACCACUGCCUCGAUCCGGAGUGCAACUAUCAGAGAUUCACUAGUAAACAGGAUGUGAUUCGGCAUUACAACAUGCACAAGAAACGUGAUAACUCCCUCCAGCACGGCUUCAUGCGCUUCAGCCCCUUGGAUGACUGCAGCGUAUACUACCAUGGCUGUCACCUGAAUGGGAAAAGCACACACUACCACUGCAUGCAGGUGGGCUGUAACAAGGUCUAUACCAGCACCUCUGAUGUGAUGACCCACGAAAAUUUCCACAAGAAGAACACACAGCUGAUCAACGAUGGGUUCCAGCGGUUCCGAGCCACAGAAGACUGUGGCACUGUGGACUGUCAGUUCUAUGGGCAGAAAACCACUCACUUCCACUGCAGGCGACCCGGGUGUACGUUCACUUUCAAGAACAAGUGCGACAUCGAGAAGCACAAGAGCUACCACAUCAAGGACGACGCCUACGCCAAGGACGGCUUCAAGAAGUUCUACAAGUAUGAGGAGUGCAAGUACGAGGGCUGUGUCUACAGCAAGGCCACCAACCACUUCCACUGUAUUCGGGCGGGCUGUGGCUUCACCUUUACCUCCACCAGCCAGAUGACCUCUCACAAGCGCAAGCACGAACGCCGGCACAUCCGCAGCUCGGGGGUGUUGGGCCUCCCCACCUCCCUCUUGGGAGCCAAGGAUAAUGAGCAGGAGGAGUCCAGCAACGAUGACCUCAUUGACUUCUCCGCCAUGAGCUCUAAGAACUCCAGCCUGAGUGCCUCCCCUACCAGUCAGCAGUCUUCCGUCUCCCUCAUCAUCCCGGCUGCGCCUUCUUCCGCUGCUGAGCUUGCCUCCUCUCAGGCCUGCAAGCCCACCAACAGCAUGCCACCGGCCACCAAGAUCUCCGGCCUGCUCUCCCAGGCCCUCCCCAGCAAUAUACCUUUGGCCCUGGCGCUCGCCAACUCAGCACUUCCCGGAACGGCCAGCUCCUACUUCCCCAUCAUCCCCAGUCGGGUCUCCACGCCACAUCCCACCAGCUCAGCCAAUCUAAUGACUGCUGGUUCCUCCAGCACCAAUCCAACAUCCUCUACUGCUGCCAAUUCCCCCUCCCAAGCCGUCUCAGGGUCCAGUGAGCCGACAGCCACCUCUUCCCCAGGUCCAGCAGCAUCCAUUAUGGAGAGGAUCUCCGCCAGCAAAGGAUUGAUCUCACCCAUGAUGGCCAGGCUGGCAGCGGCGGCCCUCAAGCCAUCUAUGGCGCUCGAAGCAGGGAAUGGGCAACUGAUGACUCCCGGCCGGUUCAAUCCAGUUCAAAUGAAGCAGGAGCCCGUGGAGAGUGUGGUGUCCUCAUCCCCGGUGACCCAGGAUUCCUUGCAGGAGCACAGCCUGGAUCUGAGCGUGAAAGAUCACGGUAAUGAAUCAAAUGGCCACACAGUCUCAGCAAAUUCAUCUCUUUUAUCCUCGCUUAUGAAUAAGAUGAACCAGUCCAAUGCCAGCCUUGGCAGCCUGCCAAGCUUGAAGACAGAAGGAGAUGGCAACCAGGCAGGGGCUGGUGAGCCAAUGCAAUACCUGGGCAAAGCAGUGAAGGCGCUUGUUCAGGAGAAGCUCUCUGAGCCCUGGAAGAUGUACUUGCGCAGGUUUGGUACCAAGGAUUUCUGUGAUGCCCACUGCGACUUCCUCCAUAAAAUGCAUUUCCACUGCGUGGUGGAGGAAUGUGGUGCCCUCUUCAGCACCUUGGAUGGGGCCAUCAAACAUGCCAAUUUUCACUUCCGAACAGAGGGUGGAGCUGUGAAAGGAAACUCUGAGUCUCCCUUCCCAAGUGCUGCAGAGACCAAGACUUCCUUGGCCCCCUCAUCGCCAUCCACUACUUCCAUCACUAUGGCAAGCGCUCCCACCCUGGAUGUGCCCACUCCGAGCCCAGCGACCGUGCCCUCUGCCCCCACAUUGCUAGCUUGGAAGCAGCUGGCUUCCACCAUACCCCAGAUGCCUCAGAUCCCAGCACUGGUGCCUAACCUGGCAACUUCACCCUUGGCAACAACUUCCCUAGAGAACGCUAAGCCUCAGGUCAAACCCGGAUUCCUUCAGUUCCAGGAGAAUGACCCCUGUCUGGCGACGGACUGCAAGUAUGCCAACAAGUUCCACUUCCAUUGUCUCUUCGGGAACUGCAAGUACGUGUGCAAAACCUCUGGCAAAGCAGAGUCCCACUGCCUGGACCACAUCAACCCCAACAACAACCUGGUGAAUGUGCGAGACCAGUUUGCUUACUACUCACUGCAGUGUCUCUGUCCAAACCAGCACUGUGAAUUCAGGAUGCGGGGACAUUACCAUUGUCUUCGGCCUGGCUGCUACUUUGUGACCAACAUCACCACCAAACUGCCCUGGCAUGUGAAGAAACAUGAGAAGGCAGAGCGAAGAGCAGCCAAUGGUUUCAAGUACUUCACCAAACGGGAAGAGUGCGGCAGGCUAGGUUGCAAGUAUAACCAGGUGAACAGCCAUUUCCACUGCAUUCGAGAGGGCUGCCAGUUUUCCUUCCUGCUCAAGCACCAAAUGACAUCCCAUGCCAGGAAGCACAUGAGGAGGAUGCUGGGGAAAAACUUUGACCGAGUUCCCACGCAGGUUAUUGGCCACACUUCAAGAAAUGAAAAUCUCCCCCACGUUGGCAGCAUGGCACCCAGCCCAGCUUCAUCAGGAACCCCAGCUUCCUUUCAGGGACCCCAAAGCAUGAUGGACACCGAAACAGAUGAGUACAUGGAUUACACUGGCUGUAGCCCUGGAGGCAUCUCCUCUGAAUCCUCCAAUAUGGACCGCAGCUGCUCCAGCACUCCAGUGGGCAACGAAAGCACAUCAGCAGGCUGCCUGGUUCCUCCUCCUACUGCUGCUGCUGCCGAUGACGCUACCCACAAUGCACCACAACCUCCACCGCCUCCUCUGCCUCCAUCUUUCUCACAAGCCUUGCUCAGGUCUCCUCUCCCCUCCCUCCCCUACCUCUUCUCUCCAUCUUGUCUCUCAUACUCUCUGCUCAGUGCCACUCUUGGAUCCAGCAGGGGCAUUGUCAUGCCUGCCACCAGCACACCUGGUUUCUCGCCCAUCAUUGCCACUCCAACUCCAGUAAAAAGUGAUGUUCCCCUAGUUCAGGAUGCAGCAGGGAACACCAUCACCAUGCCAACUGCCUCAGGGGCCAAAAAGCGCUUCUGGAUCAUCGAGGAUAUGUCUCCGUUUGGCAAGCGCCGCAAGACAGCCUCCUCGCGCAAGAUGCUGGAUGAGGGGAUGAUGCUGGAGGGUUUCCGGCGCUACGAUCUCUACGAGGACUGCAAGGACACCAACUGCCAGUUCUCCCUCAAGGUCACCCACUACCACUGCACCCGGGAGAACUGUGGCUACAAGUUCUGCGGCCGCACCCACAUGUACAAGCACGCCCAGCACCACGACCGUGUCGACAACCUGGUGCUGGAUGACUUCAAGCGCUUCAAGUCCUCACUGAGCUGCAACUUCCCUGACUGCCAGUUCUCUGGCAACAGCACGCACUUCCACUGUCUGCGCUGUGGCUUCCGCUGCACCGACAGCACCAAGGUGACCGCCCACCGCAAGCACCAUGGCAAGCAGGACGUCAUCAGUGCUGCCGGCUUCUGCCAGUUCAGCUCCAGUGUGGACUGCGAGGUGCCCGAUUGCAAAUACAAACUCAAGUGCUCCCACUUCCACUGCACCUACCCUGGCUGCAAACACACUGUGGUGGGCAUGUCACAGAUGGACUCACACAAGCGCAAGCAUGAGAAACAGGAGCGGGGGGAGCUGCCAGCCAUCUCUCCUGGCCCCGAGGGUCUCCAUCACUCCACCCUGGACUACGACGUCCAGAACUCUUCCGUCAACCUGGACAGCUCCCUCAACCUCAGCACUGAUGCCAACAGCUCCCUCUUCUUCCUGCAGAACGCAGUUGGUGUGGGCCUCAAUGACUCCUUGGACCUCAGCAAGAAGCUACCGGAGGCUGCUGCUGGCCCAUCACCCAGCAGAGCAGGGACAAGCCCUCACGAGAGUGGGGUGAUGGUAUCCAACUCCGGCGAUGUGGAGGACGAAGAUGACUCAUCCCAAGAUGAGGACGAGGAGGAGGAGGAGAUAAAUGAGGAAGAGGAUGAUGAUGACGAAGAUGACGACGAUGAUGACGACGACGAAGACGAGGAGGAAGACCUGAAUACAGACUCUGAAGAGUCACUCCCCGACCCUGAGGGCCUGGCCACUAAAGAGGAUGGGGAAACAGGGGAGGCCUCCACUUCCAUAGACCACGGCGAUGCUUCCAGGCCUCUGGGCGAGCCAAAACCAGACCUCACGUCAGCCCCCACCCUUGCCCUGACCCCAACCCACACCCUCGCACCGGCAGCUUCUCCUUAACCUUAGAGACAACAGCAGGUUUGGUUUUGCUCUUAAAUGAAAUUACUAAGAGGACC